CAACGUUCGCCGAGCUGACCGGGCUGCAAUCCGAUGCAGACAAAAGAAAUAUGGGCGUGUCUGUCGUCGUCGCUGGCUUCUAGUCUACUCUCUCUUCAUCCUAAUGAUCUCGCCGCGUCCAACUUCCAGACACCGGCAUCCUGGCUCCCUUGGUGGGAUUGGGCCGGGAUGCCCGACGAUCACCCUCCUUGGCUUACUCUCCUCCAAUACUAUAAUAUGCGUUCAAAUGGUCAGAUAGAAUUUCGAGGACAAGGCGGAACAGUCCUCGAUUCGCUUCCGUUACCAGAUUUUGAUCUCAUUCCCAAGGAACUCCUCCGUCUAAUCGAUGCUAUUUGCGAGCUGCAGCUAGAUCGGCUUCCACAUUCUAUCGCUGAUGCCUGGGAGACAUGUCCUUCUCUUAGCGGAAGAACACAUGGCAUGUCCCCCAAGAAGGAGCACGAGUCUAAACGGAUGGUGUCUUGCAUCUCUAACACUCUGGGUUGCGACGAGUUGCGCGACGUUCGUCAUGUCGUUGAUGUUGGCUCAGGACAGGGGUACCUCUCGCGUGGCCUGCAGGACCUGGGACUACAUGUGCUCGCUCUGGACUUCAACGAGGUUCAGACGACUGGUGCACAACGAUGGCAAUCCAAGGAGGAGAAACGUCGAAACAAGCGGGACCCAAAAGAUGCCAUAGGACAACUCCGACAAGAUUCUGACGGCAUCCUACACAAAGAUAUACAGGAAGCAGAUCUUGGACACCAUGAUCGCAAUGUCGCGCAGUCUUGCCAGGGCUCUUUGACCCACUGGACGACACACAUUACCCCCGAAACGCUCAAUUUCACCAUAAACAGCUGGCUCGAGCAGUCUAGUCAUCACAUCCCUUCUCACAGCCAGCUCCAUAUCAGUGCCCAUGACGCUGUUCCUGUGCUGCUCGUCGCGUUGCACGCAUGCGGCUCUCUCACACUCAACGUCGUCCGAACGUUCUUAUCCAAGUACAUUUCUGGGAGCGACGGGCAAUCAAAUUGGACUCCGCGGGCUCUCGUGAUCGUCGGUUGCUGUUACAACCUCAUGUCUGCGGGCGAUUUCCCGCUUUCGCGCGCUCUUCGUGGGGAAAACGGGCGGGUCCGACUGUCGUUGGCACAUCUACAGCUGGCUGCGCAGGUGCCCUCGCAGUGGUUGCGAGAUGACAAGGCAUACGACGAUUGCCAGCUCGCGAUUAAGAAGGUCGUUUAUCGGGCACUAUUGCAAAUCGUUUUACAACGUAAUCGCGACCAGGGAUUCAGGAAUUCGAGCGAAGUAGACGGGGCAUUGGAUGACCCAGGCUUGCAAGGCAUCGGCGAGACAAUUCAGAAUCGCCGACUGGGAAAGCUCAAUAACGCAGCAUAUCGAGAUUGGCAAACAUUUGUCACCCAUGCAUUGAAGAAGAUGGAUGUGAAAGAUGACGAACUGGGGCAAAUUCAGAUCAGCGUCGACGAGCGGCGGGGACUGGAACAACGCCUGAGUGUUUUGCACGUCCUGCGCUGUUUGCUCGGACCGCUGAUCGAAAGUCUCAUCAUCCUAGACCGGUAUGAUUGGUUACGAGAGAGCCUGGCGGAGGCCAAGGCCAAGGGAAGGGCUAGCAUGAAAGCGGAACUUUCUAAUAUCUUUGAUCAGCGGACGGGGAGUGCAAGAAAUAUUGCUAUAGUCAUACGCCCCGAGCAAGGAUGCGGAUCGUAAAAAACAAAAUAUAGCCGAUAUCAUAGGGACUAAUCUACGACGAAUUGGGCAGCCAGCUUGCUUGAACAGUGUUUGAACGCCGUCGUCUCGAUGACCUGACACCGCCAUGGUUGGCACUCGGACCGCACAGCGUGCUGGGUAGGCAGCGCUGAUCCCCGUGAAUUUAGCAACGGAGGCCGCCUCGUAGCCGCCAUGAGUGGACGCGAUUGCCUAUCUUUGCACAGAUCCGAUCUGCUUCAAACGCGCCGACAAUAGUGGAAGAAAGCCGCGAUCCGAAUGCCUGGUUUAUGCCUUGAACAAGACUCGGGGGGAAUUGGGAUAUACGAGAAAUUUUGCGGCGUCCCGGCGCUGUGUUGUUGGUAUGACUGCUUGAUGGUGGUGGCGAGUCGCCGUCCCAAGCAGGCGCCUCCGCGCCCUCCUGAUCAUCUUCCGCGCCGUUAGCGUCAAUGAGGGCCCAUGCGAUGGAGGCAUGGAAUCGCGGAUCUGCAUAAUAUUGGCUUUGCCUCAAGGCACUCAGGGCGGGUGACAGGGUGUUGGACAUUGAUGACAAGCUUGCAUGUCCGGCGCCGAUCUCCAUAGCCAAAAAUAUUCGGGUGCUGUCAUCGUUUUUUAGCUCGGAAAAGGAGGCAAAAGAAGCGUUGAAGGGAGCGUAGGAUUGCGCGACGGCAGAUAUGGCACGCUUGAUGUCCUCGCGCUGGUGUGCUCUCACGAACAAAGGGCGCGAGAGGGAGAUGUGAAGCUCUUUUUUUGGUUUGAUGGAGCUUGCUGAACCAUCC